GAGGAGUCGGAGAGGAGUCGUCUCGUUAAUCAGAAGUUAAUGUAAAAUGGGUUUCACGACCACCGUGAGUCCCGCGGUCGAAUUCGGGCUGCGAGCCAUCGGGAUUUGGCCCGAUUCCCCACGCAGCAUGUUAUGUCGGAUCUGUUGGACGAUCUCUUUAGGCCUCGCGCAAAUUUUUCAGUUCAGAUACAUCGUCACUUGCAUCAAAACUAAUAAUUUUCCGAAUCUAGUGGACAGCGUGAGCACCACGCUGCCUUAUAGUUUGCUUUGCUUGAAACUGAUUAUCCUUUGGCUGAAUCAGAGAUUAUUUAACAAUAUUUUAACAUCGAUAUCGCGGGAUUGGCGCAACUGCGAUUCCAUAACUUACAACAUGUACAUCAUGACGAAUAAAGCGAAUCUCUCGCAUCGUUGCUCGAUGUUGAUUAUCAGCAUAUAUGCGAUGGCCGUCAUAGUCUAUAUCUCCGUAAUAAUAGAAUUUAACAACAUCAAUACCAAUGUUGAGUCCGUUGAAAAAGAGCUUUUCCUUAAGAUGCAAUUCCCCUUUGCUUACGAAUUUUUUCCUGUUUAUGAAAUCGUUAUGUUCGUUCAAUUUGUUCAGUUACUGAGUAACGCCUCGGUAAUUGGAAUGCUGGAUGCGCUGAUCAUAACACUGAUACUGCACGUAAGUGGCCAGAUAGAUAUUGUGUGUCGAGGAUUAUUCGAGCUAUUUUCGGAAAAACAUGAAUACAAAUCGUACAAGGAUGCAACAAGCGUAGUCGUUCGCAGACAUCAAAAUAUUAUUGCGCUCUCGGAUAAUAUCGAGAAUCUCUUCUCUUACAUCGCGCUGUUGCAGUUUCUUACGAAUACACUUGUCAUAUGUUGUAUAGCAUUCGCGAUCGUGACAAGUAUUCAAAGCAACCAAGGAUAUGCCUUGCUGUUAAAAUCUCUCUUUUUUUACAUUGCUAUAACUUUGGAAGCUUUCAUCUUUUGCUUUGCUGGAGAAUAUCUUAGCAAUAAGAGCAGAUCAAUUGCAAACACAGCUUACGAGGCUCUUUGGUACAACGCGAAACCGAGAGAAAGUCGGAUUUUAUUGAUUUUAAUGCUGAGAUCACAGAAACGAUUGACUUUAACAAUCGGGAAAUUUAACGAUUUGUCUUUGAAAGUUUUUGCGGACAGCAGAACGAUUGCUGAUGCGACAUACGAAUCAUUUUGGUAUGAUCUUAAGCCUCGAGAUAGUCGUAUUCUGCUGUUUGUGAUAAUGAGAUCGCAGAGACGGCUGACGAUCACUGCCGGGAAAUUUAUGGAUUUAUCGUUGGAAGGAUUCACAGCCGUAUUGCACAUAAGCGGUCAGAUUGACAUUAUGCGGCAAGGCUUCCUAGAAAUCUCCUCUAAAAAUCGCGCAUCUCUGGCCGCUAUUAAAAUUUUGAUUAAUAGACAUCAAAAAAUCAUCGAUUUAUCAGACAAUGUUGAAGAUCUCUUCUCGAACAUUGCAUUACUCCAGUUUAUUUGGAAUACUUUGGUCAUUUGUUGUAUAGGAUUCGUGAUUGUAAUAAUACUUCACGUAAGUGGUCAGAUUGAUAUUAUGCGGCAAGACAUAAGUGAAAUUUCUACCAGCAAAUACGAUCCCAAUACAUCCUUAAUCAUUAUUAAAAGUCUCAUUUGUAAACAUCAGAAGAUUAUUACUUUAUCAGAAAAUAUCGAAAAUUUAUUUUCUUAUAUUGCUCUAAUGCAACUCCUGUGGAAUACUUUGGUUAUCUGUUGCACUGGUUUUGUAAUUGUAAUUGUAAGCACCGACGAAGGUGCGACGACGUCAAUUAAAUCUGUGAGCUUUUAUUUUGCAAUAACUCUAGAGGUUUUUAUACUUUGCUUUGCUGGAGAAUUUUUAAGCGCCAAGAGUAAGUCGAUUAGCGAUGCGGUGUACAACUCACUUUGGUACAACAUGCCACCGUCCGACAGUCGCAUUUUAUUAUUCGUGAUAUUAAGAUCGCAAAAACGAUUAACAAUCACUGCAGGAAAAGUAGUCGAUUUAACUUUGGAAGGAUUCACAAGCAUUAUGAAGGCAUCAGCUUCUUAUGUAUCAGUAUUAAAUGCCAUGUAUUGA